AUGUUCGCAGUUACAGCGGCGGAAUUUACGGCGAGAGGGACGGCUCACAUAUUCGUCAACCAGUACAUGACCAAGUGGGGAUGUCCGACUACGUUGUUGUCGGACAACGGACUGUCUUUCUGCUCGAAGCUCUCCAUGGCGAUCUACGAGGUGAUGAAGAUCAAGAAGGUCACCACCAGCUCCUACCACCCACAGACCAACGGCGGCACUGAACGCGUCAACCACACGAUGGCCCAGAUGCUUGCGGUGGUCGUCAACGAACAGCAAAACGAUUGGGACAUACAUCUCCCGCACGUUGAGUUUGCCUACAACAAUUCCGUGAACCAGUCUACUGGAUUAGCGCCAAACGAGAUCCACAUCGGACGCAUCCCGCGACUCCCGCUUUCGGUCUUCGAUCGUCCCACGGUAGGUGGUCAUCAAAGCUUGGCCCGCGAUCAACUCGAGUAUUGCAACCUGGCUGUCGAUCGCCAGCGCCGGGCCUACGAACUUGUCCGCGAGUACAACGCGCUGAAGAUUUCGCGAGUCUAACGCCGAAAUUCAUCCCUGCUGGACGCCAUCCACAAGCUCCAUCAGUUUACCGUUGGCGGGUGGGCUUGGGUGUUACAACACGGCUGCUACAAUUCGACAGGGUGUGCAGAAGGACACGGACCAACAGGUGCUCAAGGCCAAAUUCGCACUUUCCUGGACGAGGCCCUACAAAGUUCUUGCGAUGGGUCCCAACUCUGCCGACGCCACUUCGGACGGCCGCCCGUUGGCGCAUAAACUCCUCUACCUGGACCUGCCUUCCGAUCUUUCCGGCCCGGCAGCUCGUUGUCGCGUGUCU